AUCGCGAUAAUACCGGUUGAGUCUGUACGUUCACUGCCCCCAUAUUGCCACAGACCUUUUCCUCUUCUGUCCCUUCGGUCCCGGGACCUGUGGUAAACGUUGAAAAAUAUGAUGCAAGCCGGCUUUUGGAAUUUAGUUAGCAGCACCAUCAGACCAACAUGCAUAAAGCGUGUCCUUCCUGGUAUGACGGCUACCCAGCAACGCAGGUAUGCCAGCACAUUGGAUGCAGACUUGGUAGUGAUCGGAUCUGGUCCUGGUGGCUAUGUAGCUGCAAUCAAAGGAGCGCAGUUGGGUAUGAAAACAGUCUGUGUGGAGAAAAAUCCUACUCUAGGCGGCACAUGUCUUAAUGUUGGAUGUAUUCCAUCAAAGUCACUUUUAAAUAAUUCACAUUACUAUCACAUGGCGCACAGUGGUGAUCUGCAGAACCGUGGUGUUGUUGUAUCUAAUGUUCAGCUCGACCUCGCCAAGUUGAUGGAGCAAAAAACAAACGUAGUUAAAGCCUUGACUGGUGGAAUAGCUGGUCUCUUUAAGAAAAAUAAGGUAGAGUGGGUAAAGGGUCACGGCAAAAUUACCGGCAAGAAUCAAGUGACCGCCUUAAAGUCCGAUGGAUCAGUGGAAUCGACCAUCAAUACCAAAAACAUUCUGAUCGCAACCGGUAGCGAAGUCACUCCUUUCCCCGGCAUCGAGAUCGACGAGAUGCAAGUUGUAUCGUCAACAGGUGCUCUGUCACUGAGCGAAGUCCCCAAGAGGCUCAUUGUCAUUGGAGCUGGUGUCAUCGGCUUGGAAUUGGGCUCGGUCUGGCAAAGGCUCGGCUCCGACGUGACAGCGGUGGAGUUCAUGCCAACGAUCGGCGGCAUGGGCAUCGACGGGGAAGUCAGCAAAACCAUGCAGAAGAUCCUCGCCAAACAGGGUCUGAAGUUCAAGCUGGGCACGAAGGUCACAAGCGCUUCCAAACAGGGAAACGAGAUCGUGGUGUCCGUCGAGGACGCGAAAGACCCCAGCAAGAAGGAGGACAUUGUGUGCGAUGUAUUGCUGGUGUGCGUCGGCAGAAGACCCUUCACGAACAACUUGGGUCUGGAGGAUAUGGGCAUCGAGAGGGACGAGAAAGGUAGAAUACCUGUCAACAAUCGGUUCCAGACAGUAGUACCUAGUAUUUAUGCCAUCGGGGACUGCAUUCACGGUCCAAUGUUAGCUCAUAAGGCCGAAGAUGAGGGCAUAAUUACCGUGGAGGGUAUUGCUGGAGGAGCGGUUCAUAUAGACUACAACUGCGUGCCCAGUGUGAUAUACACGCACCCUGAGGUGGGUUGGGUCGGCAAGACGGAGGAAGAUCUAAAAAAGGAGGGAAUCGACUUCAAGGUCGGCAAAUUUCCGUUCAUGGCGAACUCCCGGGCGAAGACGAAUCUAGAAACGGACGGUUUCGCCAAGGUGCUCGCCGACAGCAACACGGAUAAAAUUCUGGGAGUUCACAUGAUCGGACCGGCUGCCGGCGAGCUCAUCAACGAGGCGGUUCUCGCGAUGGAAUAUGGUGCCAGCGCGGAAGACGUCGCGCGUGUAUGCCACGCGCAUCCGACAUGCGCCGAGGCACUUAGGGAAGCACAUUUGUCAGCCUACGCUGGAAAACCCAUCAACUUUUAGAGUUUCCAGGCAGGACCGGCAAAUCGUUACACUCGUUAAUCCGUAUUCUCAUCACGCGUCUAGGUUUAAUGCGGCCGCUGCUGAAUGCUUACGGAGAACAUCAUCACGCAGCCGAGCAUAUUGUACACAUUCUCUGCGUUAAAUGCGACGAAAAAACGCGGCACUGAUCGACCUUGUCGUAGUCUCGAUCUAGUCUACGUAUCAACGUCGCACGUACGGCUCGAACUUAACGUAUGUUGCGCGUCCUCGUUUCGUCGCGGCGGAACAAGUUUCGAUUAUUUACAGUUGUAAAUAAAAAUUGUAAGCCACAUUACAUAAAACUAACAACUCGUCUUACAUUAAAUUGACCUCUACCGAAUGAAAUUGCUGCAUUUAUUGCGAAUAAAAAGAAAGUUCCACGUUA